GGCAAGAUGGCGGCGGGGCUGUGUGAGCGGAGCUGCCUGGAGCUGCCCGCCCCGCCUCGGGCCUCACCCCGACGCCUUCGGGAAAUCGUUUUUACCCCUCCGGGAACGGCUCCGCUCCCCGCGGGUCGGUAUGGGGAUAGCGCGGGCGGGUUUUGUUACCAGGAGAGCGCGCAGCUCACGGCGGUGACGAGGAACCGCUUCGUGAGGUGGACCAGCUCUGGGGACACCGUGGAGCUGGUGGAGGAAUCCCUGGAUCUGAACCUCCUCAACAACGCCGUGAGGCUCCGCAUCCAGGGGCUGCCCCUCCUGCCUGGGGGGGUCCAGUUUCUGUGAGCUCCAGAACCACCUGUUCUGCUCCUGCUCACCAGGCAGAGCCUCCACCGCCUCUUCCUGCCCACCCUGCACGAACCUACAGGGGGGAGCUGAUCACAGAGAGCCAGAUGCAAUCUGUCUUCACCGAUAUCGGCAAAAUCGACUUCCAGGACCCUGCCAACUUCUGCCUCAUCCCCUCCCUGCCCGGGCUGGCCCCUCACUCCCUGACCUCAGCAGCCUGGCUGGGCAGUGAGGGGGAAGCUCUCUUUGCUCUCCCCUCCUCCCUAGGGGGGAUUUUUGUCCUCAAGCUGCCCCCUCCUGAGGCACCCGGGCCUGUGUCAGUGGUGGAACUGAAGCAGAGCUCAGUGAUGCAGCGUUUGCUCACUGGCUGGAUGCCCACAGCCAUCAGAGGUGACUGUGGCCCCUCAGACCUCCCCAUCAGCCUCUCUGUCCACUGCCUCGACCACGACGCCUUCCUCUUUGCCCUCUGCCAGGACCACAAGCUUCGGAUGUGGUCCUACAAGGAUCAGCUGUGCCUGAUGGUUGCAGACCUGCUGGAGUUCGUGCCUGUCAGCAGGGACCUGCGCCUGGCCCCGGGCACGGGGCACCGCCUGCGCCUCGCCUUCUCCCAGGCCCUGGGGCUCUACCUGGGGGUCUACAUGCACGCACCCAAGCGAGGGCAGUUUUGUGUCUUCCAGCUGGUGAGCACUGAGAGCAACCGGUACAGCCUGGACCACAUCUCCUCCCUCUUCUCCUCCCAGGAGACCCUGGUGGACUUUGCCUUAACCUCAACUGAGAUCUGGGCACUGUGGCACAACGAGGAGACCCAAACUGUGGUGAAAUACAUCAACUUUGAGCAGAACGUGGCAGGCCAGUGGAACCAGGUGUUUGUGCAGCCCCUGCCUGAGGAGGAGGUGACAGUUCGACAGGAUCAGGACCCCAGGGAAACCUACCUGGAAUAUCUCUUCACUCCUGGCAGGUUCUCCACUGCAGCCAUCCAGAAGGCUUUGCAGAUCUUUUCCCAAGGAACUGAGAGGCACGUGGAUCUGACAUGGGAUGAGUUAAAACAGGAGGUUACCUUGGCUGUGGAAAACGAGUUCCAGGGCAGCGUGACGGAAUACGAGUGCUCACCAGAGGAGUUCUGGCAGCUGCAGGUGGAGUUCUGGUCCAAAUUCUAUGCCUGCUGCCUUCAGUACCAAGAAGCCCUCUCCAAACCCUUGGCUUUGCACCUCAACCCUUACACCAGCAUGGUGUGCCUGCUGAAAAAGGGUUCCCUGUCCUUCCUGGUGCCCUGCUCCUUGGUGGAUCAUCUCUAUCUCCUCUCCAACGAGCACCUCCUGACUGAGGACGAUGCUUCCAUCCUGGAUGACCUGGAGCUGUCUCGUGACGUUGUCUGUCUCGUCCAGUGCCUUCGCCUGAUCGGAGAAUCCAUUUCCAUGGAAAUGGCACUCAGCAUGGAGAUGGCUUGUUCCCGCCUCCAGCCUCCAGAAAAGGCUGCAGAGCAGAUCCUGGAGGACUUGAUAGCUAAUGACAUGGAAAACGUGCUGGAGGAUAUCCACAGCAAACUGCAGGAGAUCAGGAACCCCAUCCAUGCCAUGGGGGUGCUCAUCCGGGAGAUGGACUAUGAGACUGACACUGACAUGGAGAGAGCUCCUCACCUCAACCUGCGGCUCAGCCUGCCCCAGCUGUAUGGCAGUGGAACAGCAGUCAGUGUGCUCUGUCUGGGGGUUUGUAAGGUUGCCACCAUUCGGUUCCUCAUCUGUCGGGACCUGCUGAUCCUCCAGCAGCUGCUGCUGAGGCUGGGAGAUCCUGUGGCUCUGGGAGGGGGACAGCUCUUCCAGUCCCAGCAGCAGGACCUGCUGCACAGAACCUCCCCCUUGCUGCUCUCCUACUUCCUGAUCCGCUGGGCCAGCCAGUGCCUCGCCUCUGAUGUCCCCAUGGACACCCUGGAAUCCAACCUGCAGCAUCUCUCUGUGCUGGAGCUGGCAGACACCACUGCUCUGACACCCCACAGACUGGUAUCUGGCCCUCAAACAAUCGUGGAGCUUUUCUUUCAAGAGGUGGCCAGGAAACACAUCAUCUCCCGACUCUUCCUGCAACCAAAUGCUUCCCUGGCUGAAACAAGUUUGAACUGGCCCCAUCUCUUCACUGCCAUCAUCACUGACUUUCUGCCUCUCCUGUGGCCCAGCAAUCCUGGCUUCCUCUUCCCAGAGUGCCUGAUGGGGAGCUGCCAGUACACCCAGCUCCAGGAAUACAUCCGGCUGCUGCAGCCCUGGUGCCACGUCAACAUGGGGUCCUGCCACUUCCUGAUGGGUCGCUGUCACCUUGUCAUGGGGGAGGGACACAAGGCUCUGGAUUGUUUCUGCCAAGCUGCCUCAGAGGUGGGAAGAGAAGAGUUCUUGGACAGGCUGAUCCAGCCCGAGGAGGGGGAGGUGGUCUCCUCCCCACGCCUGCAGUACUACAACAAGGUUCUGCGUUUGCUGGACAUGGUGGGGCUGCCUGAGCUGGUGAUCCAGCUGGCCACCUUGGCCAUCAUGGAAUCUGUGGAUGACUGGAGGAGCCAGGCUACUCUGAGGACUUGCAUCUUCAAACAUCACUUGGAUUUGGGACACAACAGUGAAGCAUAUGUUGCCUUAACCCAGAACCCAGAUCCCAGCAGGCAGCUGGACUGUCUACGCCAGCUAGUGGUGGUUCUCUGCGAGCGCUCCCAGCUCCAGGACCUGGUGGAGUUCCCUUACGUCAACCUGGAUAACGAGGUGGUGGGGAUCAUCGAGUCACACGCUCGAGCUGUGGACCUGAUGUCCCACAACUACUACGAGCUGCUCUAUGCCUUCCACAUCUACCGCCACAACUACCGCAAGGCUGGGACAGUGAUGUUUGAGUAUGGGAUGAGGCUGGGCAGGGAGGUGCGGACGCUGCGCGGGCUCCAGAAGCAGGGGAAUUGUUUCCUGGCUGCCAUCAACUGCUUACGUCUCAUCCGCCCCGAGUAUGCCUGGAUAGUGCAGCCAGCUCCAGGAGCUGUGUAUGAACGUCCUGGAGCAUCCCCCAAGAGAAGCCACGAUGGGGAGUGCACAGCUGUUCCAACAACUCGACAGAUUGAGAUCUUGGAGCUGGAAGAUCUGGAGAGGGAAAGUGUCCUGGCCCGGAUCCGACUGACCCUGGUGCAGCAUGACCUCUCCACAGCAGCUGUGGCAGGGAACUCCAGCCCUGAGGAAACUCUUGCUCUCCUGAUCCGUGCCGGCCUCUUCGACACCGCUGUCACCCUCUGCCAGACCUUCAAGCUGUCCUUGACACCCAUCUUUGAGGGACUCACCUUCAAGUGCAUCAAGCUGCAGCUGGGAGGGGAGGCAGCACAGGCAGAGGCUUGGGACUGGCUGGCAGCAAACCAGCUCUCAGCACUGGUCACCACCAAGGAGUCCAGUGCCACGGAUGAAGCUUGGAGGCUGCUCUCAUCCUACUUGGAAUGUUACCCAUCCCAGAACAGCCUCCACCAUCGCUGUGUCAUCAACAAGCUUCUGGCCCACGGGAUCCCUCUGCCCAACUGGCUCAUCAACAGCUACAAGAAGGUGGAUGCUGCUGAGCUGCUGAGGCUCUACUUGAAUUAUGACCUUCUGGAGGAGGCUGUGGAGCUGGUCCUGGAAUAUGUGGAUGCAGUGCUGGGCAAAGGGCACCAGUAUUUUGGAAUUGAGUUCCCUCUCUCAGCCACAGCCCCCAUGGUCUGGUUGCCCUACACAGCCAUCGAUCAGCUCCUCCAGGCCCUCCAGGAGAGCUCCACCAACCCACACAACCUCCUGCUCUCCCAGCAGCUCCAGCAGAAGAUGGAGGAUUACCAGCACAAGGUCAGCGUGGCCACCCGGGAUCGGCUCUACCGCCGCACUUAGGGACAGCCCUGUCCCCCCAUGACCCCCCCUGCUGGGUGCUGGCUCCAGGUGACACCCCCAGGAGCCACCCCCGGGUGUCCCCCCUGCGCUGCUGGUGCUCUUUUUACUCUUUUUUCUUUCUUUUUUCGGUUAUUUUGUUGUCUGGAAGGACCCAGCUGGGGGAGGUGGGUGUGGGGGGGGAGCCUUGGUGUGUCACCUCGCUGGCCCUGUGUGUGUGUGUGUCCCCGAGGGGUGACACUGGGGGGGUGACUGGCACCAGGGUGGGUCCCCUCGCUCUCCUCCUGUGCCAGAGGCAGCAGCUUCGGGUCUUUCUUUUUGGGUUUUUUUUUUUAUUUAUUCGUGAUGCUUUUGGAUAAAAACGGAAUAAACCGACAGUGUU